CCGUGCCACCGCAGGCUCUUCCCGGGGAGACCUCGGAUAUGACGUCGCCACCACUGCCGCCGCCACGGAGCACGAAGCCCAGAUAGACUUGCCGGCGGCCUCGGGUCCUGGAGCCCCCCAUCUGCUGCCCGAUGCUCGCGGUGCGGCCCACCAUGGACGGGGAGUACCCUCAGCACGAGCCCCCACCAGCGGGCAGCGUCCUGUACAGCCCUCCCCCCCUGCAGAAUGCCAUGCUGCACUACCCGUGGUGGAACCCCUUCUCGCCGCCGGCGUACCCAGCCUUCUCCAGCAGCAGCCACCAGUUCCUGAACUCUGCCUCCUUCCUGGGCGGCCCACCCUGCCCAGACACCGGCCACGCUCCCGUGGCCUCUGCCUCCAGCUUCCCGCCAAAGAGCAGUGACUUCCCUCAGGACUCCUCGUACCUCGAGGAUCUGUCCAACGCCUCCAUCUUCUCCUCCUCGGUGGACUCCCUGUCGGACAUCGUGGACACGCCCGACUUCCUGCCGGCCGACAGCCUCAGCCAGGUGCCCACCAUCUGGGAUGUGAACACCCCCUCAUCUGCCCACGACAAGUUGUUCCUGCCCAGCGGGCCAUUUCAGGGCCUUGAGGACCCCGUGCCUUCCCUCCCCAGCACCCCGCUUCUUGUCAGCUACCAGUCACAGAGUCAGCCGGAGGAGGAGGAUGAGGCGGAGGAGGACGAGGCGGAGGAGCUGGGCCAUGCUGAGACCUACGCCGACUACGUGCCAUCCAAGUCCAAGGUUGGGAAGCAGCACCCGGACCGCGUGGUGGAGACCAGCACCCUGUCGAGCGUCCCGCCCCCGGACAUCACCUACACCCUGGCCCUACCCUCCGACAGCGGGGCGCUGUCUGCCCUGCAGCUGGAGGCCAUCACCUACGCCUGCCAGCAACAUGAGGUCCUGCUCCCCAGUGGGCAGCGGGCGGGCUUCCUCAUCGGCGACGGGGCAGGCGUGGGCAAGGGCCGCACAGUGGCCGGCGUCAUCCUGGAGAACUACCUGCGCGGCAGGAAGAAGGCCCUGUGGUUCAGUGUCUCCAACGACCUCAAGUACGACGCAGAGCGUGACCUGCGGGACAUCGAGGCCCCCAGCAUCCCGGUGCACGCGCUCAGCAAGAUCAAAUACGGCGACAACACUACCUCAGAGGGCGUCCUCUUCGCCACCUACUCUGCGCUGAUCGGGGAGAGCCAGGCAGGCGGGCAGCACCGCACGCGCCUCCGGCAGAUCCUCGACUGGUGUGGGGAGGGCUUUGAGGGCGUCAUCAUUUUUGACGAGUGCCACAAAGCCAAGAACGCCAGCUCCACCAAGAUGGGCAAGGCCGUGCUGGACCUGCAGAACAAGCUGCCCCUGGCCCGGGUGGUCUACGCCAGUGCCACAGGUGCCUCUGAGCCCCGGAACAUGAUCUACAUGAGCCGCCUGGGCAUCUGGGGUGAGGGCACGCCCUUCCGGACCUUUGAGGACUUCCUGCACGCCAUCGAGAAGAGGGGUGUGGGUGCCAUGGAAAUUGUGGCCAUGGACAUGAAAGUCAGCGGCAUGUACAUCGCGCGCCAGCUCAGCUUCUCUGGCGUUACCUUCCGCAUCGAGGAGAUCCCACUGCACCCAGACUUCGAGCGCGUCUACAACCGUGCAGCCCUGCUGUGGGCCGAGGCCCUGGGCAUGUUCCAGCAGGCAGCUGACUGGAUUGGCCUGGAGUCACGCAAGUCCCUGUGGGGCCAGUUCUGGUCGGCCCACCAGCGCUUCUUCAAGUACCUGUGUAUUGCCGCCAAAGUGGGCCGGCUGGUGGAGCUGGCCCAACAGGAGCUGGCUCAAAACAAGUGUGUGGUCAUCGGGCUGCAGUCCACAGGCGAGGCGCGGACCCGAGAGGUGCUAGGGGAGAACGAUGGGCACUUGGACUGUUUCGUCUCAGCCGCCGAAGGCGUCUUUCUGUCACUAAUUCAGAAGCACUUUCCCUCAACCAAAAGGAAGCGGGACAGAGGAGUGGGCAGUAAGCGAAAACGGCGGCCUCGGGGACGCGGGACCAAGGCCUCCAGGCUGGCAUGCGAGGCAGCAGGCGUGAUCCGCAUCAGCGAUGACAGCAGCACUGAGUCGGACGCUGGCCUGGACAGCGACUUCAACUCUUCCCCAGAGUCCCUGGUGGACGAUGAUGUUGUCAUCGUGGACACCAUCGGGCUCCCCACGGACGACCGAGGGCCCCUGUGCCUGUCGCAGAGGGACCCGCACGGCCCAGGUGUCCUGGAGCGGGUUGAUCGGCUGAAGCAGGACCUGCUGGCCAAGGUGCGGCUACUGGGCCGGGAUCUGCCGCACAACACUCUGGACAAGCUCAUUGACGGCUUGGGUGGCCCCGCGCAGGUGGCCGAGAUGACCGGCAGGAAGGGCCGCAUCGUUUCCAGGCCAGACGGGACGGUGGCUUUCGAGUCACGGGCGGAGCAGGGCCUGUCCAUCGACCACGUGAACCUCAGAGAGAAGCAGCGCUUCAUGAGCGGCGAGAAGCUCGUGGCCAUCAUCUCGGAGGCCUCCAGCUCGGGCGUCUCCCUCCAAGCCGACCGCCGCGUCCAGAACCAGCGGCGCCGCGUGCACAUAACGCUGGAGCUGCCCUGGAGCGCAGACCGGGCCAUUCAGCAGUUCGGUCGCACCCACCGCUCCAACCAGGUCUCCGCGCCCGAGUAUAUCUUCCUCAUCUCCGAGCUGGCCGGGGAGCGCCGGUUUGCCUCCAUCGUGGCCAAGCGCCUUGAGAGCCUGGGUGCCCUGACCCAUGGAGACCGACGGGCCACUGAGUCUCGCGACUUGAGCAAGUACAAUUUUGAGAACAAGUACGGCAUCCGGGCUCUCCACUGCGUCCUCACCACCAUCCUGAGCCAGACGGAGAACAAGGUGCCCCUGCCCCGGGGAUACCCGGGGGGAGUCGCCGCCUUCUUCCGGGACAUGAAGCAGGGCCUGCUGUCGGUCGGCAUCGGUGGGCGGGAGUCCCGGUCAGGCUGCCUGGACGUGGAGAAGGACUGCUCCAUCACCAAGUUCCUGAACCGCAUCCUGGGGCUGGAGGUGCACAAGCAGAACGCGCUGUUCCAGUACUUCUCCGACACCUUCGACCACCUCAUCGAGGCAGACAAGAAGGAGGGCAAAUACGACAUGGGCAUUUUGGACCUGGCUCCUGGCAUUGACGAGAUCUACGAGGAGAGCCAGCAGGUGUUCCUGGCCCCUGGGCACCCGCAGGACGGGCAGGUGGUCUUUUACAAGAUCAGCGUGGACAGAGGCCUGAAGUGGGAGGAGGCAUUCACCAAGUCACUGGAGCUGACAGGCCCCUAUGACGGCUUCUACCUCUCGUACAAGGUUCGCGGCAAUAAGCCCAGCUGCCUCUUGGCCGAGCAGAACCGCGGCAAGCACUUCACCGUGUACAAGCCCAACAUUGGCCGGCAGAGCCAGCUGGAGACCUUGGACAGCCUGUGCCGCAAGUUCCACCGGGUCACUGCGGAGGCUGCCAAGGAGCAUUGGGAGAGUAACUACGUCUUCUCGCUCACGCACUGCAGCCACACCGCGUGGAACCGGCACUGCCGACUGGUGCAGGAGGGCAAGGACUGCGUGCAGGGCCUGCGGCUGCGGCACCACUACAUGCUAUGCGGGGCGCUGCUGCACGUGUGGGGCCGCAUCGCCGCCGUCAUGGCUGACGUCAGCAGCAGCAGCUACCUGCAGAUCGUGCGUCUCAAGACCAAGGACAAGAAGAAACAAGUGGGCAUCAAGAUCCCAGAGGGCUGCGUGCGCCGCGUGCUGCAGGAGCUGCAGUUGAUGGACGCUGACGUCAAGCGCAAGGCGCGGGGCCAGGGCUUCCCUGCACCACCCAACCUGCGCCCGCUGGCGCUGCCCUGUGGGCCCGGCGAAGUCCUGGACCUCACCUACAGCCCGCCUGCCGAGGCCUUCCCGCCUCCCCCGCACUUCGCCUUCCCCCCGCCGCUGCCCCUGGACCCCAGCCCUGGGCUGUUGCUGGGCGCCCCUGACGGCCCUGCCGACCCAGCAACCCUGGCGCACCAGGGCUGCGACAUCAACUUCAAGGAGGUGCUGGAGGACAUGCUGCGCUCCCUGCAUGCGGGGCCGGCGGCAGAGGCGCCGGGCCCGCUGGGGGAUGGUGUGGGUGCAGCGGGGGCUGGGGGCCUGGAACGGAGGAGCGUCAUUCAGUUCAGCCCGCCCUUCCCAGGUUCCUAGGCUGGGUUCCUCUCCACACCUAUCUUUAUUUAUCUGUAACGUGCCCAUCUCCCAGGGACAGUUCUCUACUACCGCGGCCAGCAGAGCCUGCGGCCUCGCUGCAGUGCCUUCCACACCCAGACCGGGCCGGCCCUGGAAGGUCUGGUGGAGCCGGCACAUGGAUGCUGCCGGCCCUGGGCCCUCACGCCCUGCCUGGGGGCCGCUGCUGUGUGCUGGCCCCACUCAGGAUGCCUAGGGGGCCAGGGGCCCAAGGCAGGGGCUGGGGGCCGGGCCCUCUCUGUGCCUCUCCCUUCUGCCCCCCAGGAAUGGGCAAGGGGCUCUGGGCCCCAGCUCUACCCCACCCACCUACCUACAAGGGAUGGUCAGGCCCCAGCCUCUGAAAUCCAUAACUGGGUGGUCCCAAGAGCUAGAAACUCAGGAAACCCCAGGUGCUCAGGGCCCCGCCUUCUGGGGGCCUCUGUGGGGCAGACCCCCAUUAAUAUAUGCAAUUCUUCCUCCCCCACCCCAUCUCUCUGCUCCCUAAAUUAUUGCCUGUCCACCUCUCCAGGUCUCCGGAAUCUGCCCGAGGAGCUGGCGGGGUGGGCAGCCCUUUGGUUUCUACAUGUAUUUAUAAUGAAUUCUAAUGUAUAUAUGUAAAGAGA